AUGUCGGUGACGUUGUAUCCAGCUGAGACGAGCGAUGGCACAGUCACAUCAUUUAUUCCUCUCACCACAGUGUGGCUCCCCCCUUCAGGAUGUGCAAGUUACUUUCGCUUGAAUGGACCAAGUCUAGUAGCCUGGGACCCUGGCUACGGACUAGAUAUCGAUACAAAUGUGAGAUGUGCACCCUCAGCAGUAACAACCUGGUGGGAGCAAGGAGCGUUAGGUGGUGGAGGUUCCGAGCAUACAGCAGUCAGCAUUGGCCCUCUCACAUGCCCCGAGAACUUCUCAACCGUUGCGUCUUCUGUCAAAAAUGGUUCUAGUACGCUAGCCAUGUGCUGUCCUUCAGGAUAUUAUCUGGCAAAUAGAACGCCAGGUAAAGUCAAUGGAGACUGCCUAUCCGACGUCUCCUCCGGUAUGACCCUUACUUACGCAUCAACCCCUUAUAGCGACAAAACUGCCUGGAAAACAGAGACUACCACGGUGUCCAAAAGCUCAACGGUUGGCGCAAUUGCCGUGGUUGGAUGGAACAUCAGAUUCGCGACCCCGACUCCCACUUUGACACCCACAGCCACGUCAACAACGACCUCUGGCACCCGCAGCGCCUCCUCCGAGACAACCACCAGUAUCACCACCUCAUCGACACACGGUGAUCUCACAAUAGGCGCCAAAGUAGGCAUUGGUGUAGGGGUAGGAGUUGGUGCAAUCGGUGUGAUAGCAUUACUAGUCGCGUUAUAUUUCUUUAAGCACCGAAAGCGCCGAGCUCCGGCUGAACUGCCGGCUGAACUCCCUGCUCCGGACCCAAGACAGCCCCCCAUGUAUCAACCAGUUUGGCCGCCUGUCCCAAUUGCAGAACUUCCAGCGACAAAGGUUCGUCCUGGUCAAGGGUCUAUGGCCCCUGCGGAGUUGGGAGGCUGA